AUGGCGGUGCCCAACUACACCUACCUCAAGAUCAAGCUGCCGAGCCCGAACGGGGUUAUCACCGUGAGCAGUUCCUUCGAGCAGGCCUACGUCAGCAGCUGCGAGUACUAUGACCUCGCUACCACCAUGGCGAACUUGGCCGAGCUCGGCCAGCUUCGCGUCACCACUCCCGAGUGCCGUCCUGACCCUGGCAAGGCUAGCCAGGCACCGGCCUUCGUCUCAACCGAUGAGACCAAGUCGGUCCCGGUCGACGACGCCUAUCCAACCAAGACGGUGCGGGUCCGCUCCCAGCUGUCGGCCAAAUAG